AUGCCACCUGGUCAACAACAGAAGCCACCUCGUUAUUCAUCAACUUAUGAAGAUGAUAAAUUUCAAUAUCGACACGUUAUUUUGGAUAAAGAGAUGGCGCCUGUAAUUCCAAAAAAUCGUCUCAUGGACGAAGUUGAGUGGCGUGCAUUGGGAAUUAAACAAGGACCUCAUUGGGAACAUUACCUUAUUCAUAAGCCUGAACCAUUUGUACUUAUGUUUCGUCGUCAAUUAAAAUAUCGUGUUGAACCUGAUCCAGGAAUGCAACAACAAAACACUCAUUUUCCAACAACACGUAUGCCUGUUAGUGCAACAAUGAAUAUGUCAACAAGUUAUCCACUUGGUGAUUCAACAAAUACAAAAAAAACUAUGGUGACACGUGGUGGAAGUUCUAGUGGUGGGCUUCGCGUGGCUGUUAAUCCAUAUAAAGUUAUACAUGAUCAAAUUGAUGAAGAAGAUAAUGAACUUCUAGAAUCAGGCUUUGUUAGUCAUUGUGAUGAAUAA